AUGGCCGGAGUCGGAUCGAAGGCCCUCGCCGUGGUCGCCGUCCUGGCGGCCGUCGCCCUCUCGGUGGCCAACGCGGCUGAUGCACCCGCGCCCAGCCCGGUCUCCGCCGCCGGCGCCGCGUCGGCGCCCUUCGCCGCGGCACUCGUCGCCGCCGCCGCCGCCUUCGUCUUCGCCGCCAUGCUCUGCUAUCUCGCCGUGAUCGUGAGUGGUGAUUCUGUCUGGUUGCUACUGAUAUAG